AAAUGUGAAAGACGAAUUCGGUAAUUAAGUAGUGCGCAUGUGCAUGGAAACGAAAGUGAAUGACCUCAACUGUGUUAAUUAAGGUCAAAUAGAUUCCUUUCACAUUGGCGGGACCAUUGCCAGAAAAAUACUUGGAUCAGCUUGAGGCCUGGAUUGGCACGGGACCCAAGACCUUCACCAUGCUGUACAAGAUAUCAAGGGAUGGGUGUAAUUCUCAAACAUUCCAUCAGAAGUGUGAUAAGCAGGGACCCACGGUAACAUUGCUGUACAACCAACAAGACUCGGUGUAUGGGGGAUUUGUAAGUGUGAGCUGGAACAGUAAUGGCAAUUAUAUUCAAGAUACGAACGCCUUCCUGUUUCAACUGAAGUAUUCAGGGACUGAUAAAAGUACCAAGUUUUCUAUUAUGGAUGCAAAAUGCUCGACUUAUGGAUCAUUUAACUAUGGACCUACCUUUGGUGGAGGACACGACUUCAAAACAUUUAAACACACAAUUAACAGCUCUGUGGGCUAUUUCUCCUUGAAUGAGCUAUCUGAGGCCUGGGACUUAAUACAGCAAUAUGGGCAGCGGAAAAAGACACCACCCAAACUUCCACAACCUUGGAGAAAAACACCCGACUGGAAUGAUAAGUAUCUCAAGACGCUUACCGAGGCCAUCGAAGCGUUCAAACCUUCCGGUGAACUGGGAGUGUCAGAUGUCCGUAUUCUGAUGCUGGGCCCAGUGGGGGCGGGCAAGUCUAGCUUUUACAACACCAUCAACUCGGUGUUCAAGGACCAUAUCACUAAAAGGGCCCCAUGUGGGGUCUCUACCCAAGGCAUUACUCUCGCGUUUAACCCACUUGCUCAAAUCAGCACCAUCAAUCCUGGGUUCGUGCAUCAGCCAAGGUUAACAGAAAAGAUCCACUGCGUUGUGUUUGUAAUCGACGCUUCAACUAUUAACGACAUACCACCGAAAUUGGUCAAAAGGAUCAAGAGUUUCCAACGACUCAUAAAUCGAAAAGCAAUCCCAGAGGCCGUUCUUCUAACAAAAGUUGACCUGGCCUGUCAUGAUGUUGCAAGUACAAUUAAGAAUCUUUUCACGAGUAAGACACUUGAGGACGCGGUUAACAAGGUGUCCGGCCUUCUCGGGUUGCCUAGAAACAAUAUACUUCCGGUGAAGAACUACGAAAAUGAAAUGCAGCUGGAUGAUAACAUCAGCAUUUUGACGUUGUUAGCACUGCGUCAACUGCUGCACUUUGCAGAGGAUUACAUCGAACACCUUAAAGGGAAGAUGAACGCGCGUAAAAGUUAUCCUCAGAAUCUUGAUACUGGAGCUCUUGCAGAGAAAGGCAGUGACCAAGAAUAACUUCUUAUUGUCAACAAGAAAAUGUCCUAAUAACUCGAUUUUUUAUAACUUGUUAGAUCAGAUGCACUAUUGUAAUUUGUCUUUAAAAUAUCCGUUGUCGUUAACCAUUACUGAUUAAUAUAUGCUUCCGUAUUUUUUGCGUAGUUACCCUCUUAGGUCCCUUUACUAACAAACAGUUUAGUUACGUCAUUAAUGCAUUGCUCAUGCGUAUAUUUGCCUUUGCGUACAAUCGAGUCGUAAAAAGUGUAACUUUAUAAUGAUGCUAUCAUAUACUUCAACUAUUAACUAGUUGUUCAUUUGAAGUUUUGAUUUCUCUUCCUCCAUAUAAUUGACUGGGUCAUGAAGAAGAUUGUGGAAGGUGAGAGAUCUGGAAUCCGAUGGAACUUCACAACUAUUUCAGAGGACAUAGACUUUGCUGACGAAAGCACAAAGCUCGUCAAAAGUGAAACAAUCUUCACACAAGAUAUCAAAACUGGAAGAACAUGCUUUUGUCAUCUUAAGUUGUUGUCAAUGUACUGCAUUAAAUUGAAUGACACUUGUUUCACACUCCAGUGUCUAUGCUUUGACAUAUGGUGAUAUUAAACACAUUUCUUCUUGCUAGUGAUUGCUAUUGAGACAACCACCAUUCAAAUUGAGGUUGUCAUGGAAUAAAUCAUCAUCAUCUGUUUAUGUCGUACAGGUCGGAAUCAGCUAUGUUAUCUCGAAUCAAUGUAUGCAAGAUUUGUAUGAAUAGCGUAGUAACUGAUCUUCUAAGUUUAUCUUAAUGUAAGAGUGAAAUGUAUUUCUGGGCUGAGUGUGCUGUUAGGUUAGCCAUCAAUCGGUUAAAACACCCUAUGCUUUGCAUCGACCGUUUCAAUGCAUUGACCCCAGUGUUUAAUUAUUGUUAUAUGUUUAAUGUUUGCUUUGUUGAAUUCAUUAUCAUGUAUCGUAAAAACACCAGCGAUACAUUGUCCUGUAAAAAAGAGCAACCGGAUUCAUUCG